AUGAAAGUAAUAGUAGUACCAAUAUUAUCAGAUAAUUAUAGUUAUUUACUGGUUGAUGAAACAACUAAUAAAGCAGCAGCCAUUGAUUGUGCAGAACCAAACAAAGUAGUUGAAGCUGCAAAACAGCACAAUGUAGAGAUUACAAGUAUUCUAUCAACUCAUCAUCAUUGGGAUCAUGCAGGUGGUAACAAACAAAUGAAAGAGUUACUCAAUAAUCAUAGUCUACCUGUUAUCGGUGGUGAUGAUCGUAUUGAAUCAAUCACCCAAAAAGUAAAUAAUAAUGAAACAAUUAAAGUUGGUGCUUUAAAUGUUAAAGUUUUUUCUUCUCCUGCUCAUACUACUGGACAUGUAUUAUAUUAUGUUGAAGAUGAAAAAGAAAGGAAUCUAUUUACAGGAGAUACAUUAUUUAUUGGAGGAUGUGGUAGGUUAUUUGAAGGUGAUCCAACACAAAUGUAUGAUGCAUUGUAUAGAGUGAUUGGUCAAUUACCAGAAGAUACAAAACUUUGGGUUGGACAUGAAUAUACAGUUAAUAAUCUAUUGUUUGCUAAAUCAUUGGAACCAGACAACCAAGAUAUCAAUCAAAUGUUGGAAUGGUCAAAACAACAACGUACCAACAAUCUACCAACUAUUCCCUCUACCAUUGCCAAAGAAAGAACCUUUAAUCCAUUUAUGAGAGUUCAUUUAAAUGGUAUUUUUAAUGGUAUUGAUUAUAGUAGUAGUAGUCCUCAACAAAUUCUUGGUCAAAUUAGAAAAUUAAAAGAUAAUUUUAAAAUUUAA